GAUUUAUCCAAGUCCCGCCGCCACAAGGACAAGGUUAUACUUAUCGCAGAUGUUACUGUGUACUUCGAAAGAACACGUGGGCCAGUCACGUGUAAUAACGACAUUGAUCACUUCACUUCACUGCCCUCUCGUUGCCCUUCUCUGAGAUCAGGAAUCCAUCUGCAAAACCCUAACUCGUCAAUUUCCCACAUUCUCAGCCGAGUCAACUCAAUUCGAGUCUAUGGACUCUCACUCUCACCCAACCGUACCCAAUCGCUCUCGCAGCUCCCAGUCUCCGUCCCCUUCUCACUCUGCUUCUGCCUCCGCUACGUCGUCUAUUCAUAAGCGCAAGCUGGCUGCAGCUGCCUCGGCGGCGUCUGAAGACCACGCGCCUCCAUUUCCUCCGUCAUCUUUGUCCGCUGACACGCGGGACGGUGCAUUGACUUCUAAUGACGACCUGGAGAGCAUCUCAGCGCGUGGCGCUGAUUCUGACUCUGACGCUGACGAUUCAGACGCUGUCGUGGACGAUGAUGAAGACGAGUUCGACAAUGACUCUAUGCGCACGUUUACUGCUGCCCGUCUGGAGACUAAUGCUGGAGCCUCGGCUACAGGCGCUAGUUCAGGUGGAGGUGGCGGCUCCUCGGCUCGCAACACGAAGUUGAAGACGGAAAAUUCGACGGUAAAGAUUGAAAAGUCGGAUGGCGUGAAGGAUGGUGGAACUACGGGGACUGGUGCCGUAGGGUCUACCACAGCGGGCAGCUCCGUACCAGGGAUAGUGGCAAAAGAGGACGCUGUAAAGAUUUUUACCGAGAAUUUGCAAACUAGUGGUGCUUAUAGCGCUAGAGAAGAAAGUUUGAAGAGAGAGGAGGAAGCAGGGAGACUCAAGUUUUUAUGUCUUUCAAAUGAUGGUAUUGAUGAGCAUAUGGUUUGGUUGAUAGGAUUGAAGAACAUAUUUGCCAGGCAAUUGCCCAACAUGCCAAAGGAGUAUAUUGUCCGCCUUGUGAUGGAUAGAAGCCAUAAAUCCGUAAUGGUUAUCAGACGUAAUCAGGUUGUUGGUGGCAUUACAUAUCGUCCAUAUGUCAGCCAAAAGUUUGGGGAGAUAGCUUUUUGUGCAAUCACAGCCGAUGAACAAGUAAAAGGUUACGGGACAAGAUUGAUGAAUCAUCUGAAGCAGUAUGCACGCGAUAUAGAUGGGCUAACACAUUUUCUGACCUAUGCUGAUAAUAAUGCUGUUGGUUACUUCAUUAAACAGGGUUUUACAAAAGAAAUUUACUUGGAGAAGGAUCGAUGGCAAGGGUAUAUUAAAGACUAUGAUGGAGGCAUUCUUAUGGAGUGCAAAAUUGAUCCAAAACUCCCAUAUACUGAUUUAUCGACUAUGAUUCACCGUCAAAGACAGGCAAUCGAUGAAAAGAUUAGAGAGCUAUCUAAUUGUCACAUUGUUUACACCGGAAUUGAUUUUCAGAAGAAAGAAGCUGGUAUUCCUAAAAAGAUCCUCAAAGUUGAGGAUAUUCCUGGCUUGAGGGAGGCUGGAUGGACUCCUGAUCAGUGGGGCCAUUCACGUUUCAAUGCAUUUAAUACUUCUACUGACAGUGCCACAAAUCAAAGGCAUUGGACUGCAUUCAUGCGCUCACUUUUAAAGUCAAUGCAUGACCAUGUUGAUGCUUGGCCAUUUAAGGAACCAGUUGAUGCUCGAGAUGUCCCUGAUUAUUAUGACAUCAUCAAAGAUCCAAUGGACCUGAAGACAAUGUCAAAAAGGGUAGAAUCAGAGCAGUAUUAUGUAACCUUUGAUAUGUUUGUUGCUGACGUAAAGAGGAUGUUUGCCAAUGCACGCACAUAUAACUCACCUGAUACCAUUUAUUAUAAAUGUGCAACCAGGCAAUGCUCCUCUCCCUUCCCUUUGAGUAGUUCCUUUUCUGUUUCACUUUUAUAUGAAUUUAUGUUGUGCAGGCUUGAAGCUCAUUUCGAAAGCAAAGUUCAAUCAGGUUUCCAGUCAGCUGCCAAAAUUCAGCAGUAAUGUACAUAUUGCAGUAGGGUGAUCAGCAUUGUGAUUUUUGGUGUAUCCUUAUUUGAUGCCCUUCGGGAUGCGGAUCAUGUUAUAAUAUAUGCCUCUCUCCAAGUCAUGUAUGUUGUACAUUUUCUAGCCGUAAUGGAGUCGCGUGGCUUCAUGCCACCAGGUCUGUAUACCGUGUACCCCUCAAAACAUCAUCUAUGCCAUAUAAUUAGCGGACCGUCCGCUUGUAAAAUAGCACCUUUUUAAUAAAAAAAAAAGAAAACAUUCUCUCCUAUCA